CAUUGGAGAUCAGAAUACCAUAGAAAUAUUAAAGGCUUCUUGAAUGGUGAUGGCAGAAGUGAUGGAAAGAGUUUCAUGGUGUUGCUAGUUUGAGUAACAAAAGUAGAUGUUAAUUUGAAGUAGCACAGUGGAUGGCAUAUUUAUACAUCCAAGUCCAAAUAUUUAGGAUGAAAUGACAAUGAUAACACUGAUAAGGGUAAAACAGUAUCCAUGUCAUAUGUGAGUCUUUUACAUUUUCCUUGUUCUCAAAUAUCCAAUUAUUUGUAUGUACAGGUUUACAAACUCCACAGUUGGGGGAAGUUUCUGUACUAUGAAAAUAUUUAAUAUUGUGCUACAUGAUCUGGUAAUAUAUUUAUUAAUAUUUAUAAUAAGCUAUGCUCCCACUUCCUUGUCAUGUGUAAAUGAUUAGAAUAAAAAUGAUGGGAACUAGGAGUUAACCAGAAAGUUCACCUCAAAACAAUUUUGAUUGUUGUAUAUUUAUUUGGAAGAGAGCACAAUAUUUAUUGAAUGAAAUCUCUAGUAAGGAUGAGACUGAUUUUUUCAAAAUGAUGAUGUUGGAGAAACACUAUUUAUAGUGAAAAAUAAUCUUGUGUCACUGAGAUCAUGGUGUGUAUUUAAAUGUCUCUGGUGUCAUAUAAAGAGAUUUUAGUGAUAAGGCUCUGUAAUUUAAUAUUUCUAGUGGAUCCAUGACGAGUGAUUAAUAUUUUGCAAAAUUUUUUCAAUUUUCCAUUGAUGUAACUAUCUCAAGAAAGGUAUUUUCUAUAUGAAAGAUCACCAAUCUGUGGUUGUAUGGUAAUUGGGAUGGAUAUAAAAACUAACAUGUAGAGAUUCCCAUUAGGAAACUAGAACAUUUAAAGAUAAACUUUGAUUCAGAUAUCAAGUGUAGAAUUUAGUAUAGUGUACAGUACUGUGGACACGUUUUAGUAAAUUUCUGAAAUAUGAGAAUAUAUGUUGAAAAGACAUCCACCUCUAUGGAAAAUAGAGAAGAAAAUAAACAAAAGACGCAAAUUAUCUGUACCGAAAUCAGCAGCAGAGAAAAAUCAUCAGUGUGUGAAACAUACAAAGACUCGUGUAGGGACUCAAAGGUGGCUAGCCCCAUGGAAAGAAACACAAACGAAGAUCCACGCAUCUGUCAAGAAUUUGGAAAGGUAUUCAGUGAAAAAGGCAUUCUCAAUGUUCGCAAGAGAGUUCAGAAAGAAAGGAAGUCAUUUGACUGUCAGGAAUGUGGAAGGAAAUUUAACCGUGGGUCUCACCUCACCUGCCACAUCAGAAUCCAUACAGGUGAAAAGCCAUUCGUGUGUCCGGAAUGUGGGAAAAAGUUUGGCUGGAAAGUUAAUCUUACUGAACAUAUGAGAACUCAUACGGGUGAAAAGCCUUUUCUGUGUCAAGAGUGUGGGAAAGGGUUUGGCUACAAAAGUGAUUUGACCCAUCAUAUGAGGACACAUACAGGAGAAAAGCCUUUUGUUUGUCAGGAAUGUGGGAAAAAGUUCAAACAGAAAGUUCAUCUUAAUGAACAUAAGAAAACUCACACGGGAGAAAAACCUUAUCUCUGUCAAGAAUGUGGGAAGCAAUUUGGUUACAAAAGUGUUUUAAUUCAUCACAUGAGAACUCACACAGGGGAAAAACCCUUUUCCUGCCAGGAAUGUGGCAAGACAUUUGGGCGGAAAUUCUAUCUGACAGCCCACAUGAGAAGCCAUACAGGAGAAAAACCCUUUUCAUGUGAAGAAUGCGGAAAACAGUAUGGACGGAAGUUUCAUCUUACUGCACACAUGAGAACACAUUCAGGCGAAAAGGGCCUUCAUUACCAAAGUACGAAAAUGCAUAAGGAACACCGAAAGCUGUUUGACAGACAGCAGACCCCUGAUUCACUUAAAAGCAAAGGAGUUCCCUUGGCAAUGGAAACUAAGACCGGAGACACUUCAGAUGAUGAUAUUGAUUUGAGAAUCCAUUCCAAAGAAAAGUCGCAUCGCUCGCAUUCAAAAAUUCAUGAAAAUCAAGAGGCUCUUGAUUUACUCAAAAGUAAAGAAAAUCCAUCUGCUUUAGACUCUGAUAGCGAGGAAAGUUCAGAAGAUUAUAUUAAUAUUCCUGUGAAAGUAGAAAUAAAAGAAGAAUUUGCCCCUUGUGAGAUGAAUGGGGUGGUGUAUAUUAAAGAAGAACCAUUUAGUAUAUAGUGUAGAACAAGGAGGUCUGGAGGUGUCCUAUAGAAAAAUGCAUAACAUGACCACAGAUACUCAUCUUUAGAGAUAGAUAAUAUUAAUAGUUAUAAAGAAUCGUGUCCAUAUUUUCCAGACAAUGAGGACAUAUGUAGAUGAAGUACUUACUACAACCUUAUAUCCUGUAUUAUUGAGUAGUAAUACUGUGGAAGAGAUCAAUCAGUACCCAUUGUUAAUAUAAAGUGUUGGUAGCUGUGAAUAUUGUGAACAUUGAAUUUUUUUAACAUUUGUUUUUAAUAAAUAUGAAUUAUUCUUCAUAUAAUAAAGGCCUAACUUAC